GAUUUCUUUUUAACUGGCAGGUCGAUGGUUACAUUAAUCAGCAACAUUGUUGAGAAUAUCUUAGUAAAAGUACUUGAUGGCACAUAUUUGAAUGUGGCCAAAUACCCAGUUGGAAUAGAUUCUUGCGUUCAAGAGGUGAAAGUGCUUUUAGGGGUCGGAGGAAAUGAUUGUUGUGUGGUUGGGAUUUGGGGGACACCUGGAAUAGGCAAGACAACAAUUGCAAAAGCUGUUUAUAAGGCAAUUGCUCAUGAAUUUGAAGGCAGUUGUUUCCUGGCAGAUGUUAGAGAAAGAUCGACAUCACAUGGAGGCGUAAACCAAUUACAAAAAGAUCUUCUUUCUAAAGUUCUACGUGUUACAGAGAUAAAAAUUGACGAUGUUUAUCAAGGAAUCAGUUUUAUAAAGAAACUGUUGAGGGGAAAAAAGGUUCUCUUAAUUCUUGAUGAUGUGCAUGAAUUGGAGCAGUUAAACAACUUGGUUGAAGUCCAUCAGUUAGGUGAAGGUAGCAGAGUGAUCAUAACCACAAAAAAUAAAGGAUUGCUAGAAUCUUGUAAAGUUGAGCUGAUAUACAAGGUCCAAAAGUUAGAAGACAACAAAGCUCUUGAGCUUUUUAGUCGGAAUGCCUUCGGAAAAGAAAAACCUCCAGAUGAUUAUUUGGGACUCGCACGACGUGCAAUAGCCUAUGCUCAAGGCCUCCCGUUAGCUCUUAAUCUUAUAGGUUCUCAUCUGCGUAGUAAAAAUAUAGAUCGUUGGCAAGAUAUUUUGGAUAGUUACGAUGAAGAACCUUAUAGAGGGAUUCAAAGAGUACUUCGGAAAAGUUAUGAUACCUUGGAUUAUGUCUCUCAACAAGUUUUCCUAGACAUUGCAUGCUUCUUCAAGGGUGAAGAUAAAGACAAAGUGUUGCAGAUAUUAAAAGGAUCAAACCUCAAAAUGGGUAAGCAUAUAGUUUGGGAGGAAUCGCCCACUGAACCAGGCGAGCGGAGCAGAUUGUGGCAUCAUGAAGAUGUGUACCGUGUUUUAACUAAAAACAGAGGAACAAAGAAAAUUAAAGGCAUUGUGGUGAAGUUGCCCAAGCCAGUUGUGAUACCCUUGAAUGCAAAAAGCUUUUUCAAGAUGGUAAAUCUUGAAAUUUUUAUAAUCUGUAAUGCACACUUUUCUGGAUGCAUUGAGUAUUUGCCCGACGAUUUGAGGUGGAUUGAAUUCGGUGGAGAUGGGCUUCAUGACUGGGGAUCCAAUAUUCUUCAAAAGCAUAUACUUGCAUUCAAUUUGCAAUCCAAUUGUCAUCUAAGGCAUCUUGUCACGUUUAUUAUGCCAAACAGUGACAUCAGACAAUUGAAGGUAUUUCAGAAUUUGGCAAUGCUUACAUCUUUGAAUUUAAGUGGUUCCGAAUUUUUAGAAAAAAUUCCCAACUUAUCCGGAAGUCCAAACCUAAGAGAGUUGAUUCUAAAUGAGUGUAAAAGUUUGGUUGAAGUUGAUGAUUCUGUUGGAUUCCUUGAUAAACUUGGUACUUUAAGUCUUUAUGGGUGCUCUAGGCUUGAGAGAUUUGCGACGAGACUUAGAUUGAGAUCCCUUAAAAGCUUUUCUCUUUCUGGUUGCACAAGGCUCAAGAGUUUCCCAGAAAUAGAGGCCGAGAUGGAAUCUCUAAAGUAUUUGGUUAUAGCAAAAAGUGGCAUAAGAGAAUUGCCUUCAUCAAUUGCAUAUCUUACUGGGCUUAAACGUUUGUAUGCAAGAAAGUGUGAGAACCUUACAGUUACAUCAUUACAUCACAUUUAUGGGUUCCAACAUCUCGACUAUAUUGAAAUGGAUGGAUGCCCAAAACUGGUGACAUUUGGGAAGUUUUCAACUCGCUUAGAUACUUCACAUUACAACGGUAUCCCAUUAGCCGUUUUCAACGUAGGCCGGCUUUCUCUUAUUGGAUGCAAUUUAUCAGAAAGUAAUUUCCUUGUGCCUCUUCGAAAUGAACCAUCCAGUCUUCAUUGCUGGUCCACAUUAACAGAUCUUGAUCUGUCGAGAAACAAUUUUGUUAGUCUUCCGGAUUGCAUUAGCAAAUUUGUCAACUUGAAGGGGCUUAAAUUGCAAGGCUGCAAGAGGCUUCGGGAAAUUCCACAUGCCCUUCCACCAAAUCUAAGGGAAUUAUGUCUGGAUGAUUGCACAUCAUUGGAGAUAAUUCCAAAGUUGCCCUCGGGGCUUAGGCGUCUGCCGUUGACUAAUUGCUUUAGACUAAGUGGCGAUGAGGUGGCAAAGUUGGAAAAUAAUUUGUUGAACUGGAAUCAGGAAUUUCUUAGAUGCUCUCAAUUGCAAGUUACGUAUCCAGGCGAUGAAAUUCCAAAGAGGUUCAGCUAUACCUCUAAACAUCUAACAGCCAUUAGGAUUGAAAGUGUACGAAAAGAUGCAAGGCAACAUGAUUAUUUUGGAGGUAGUGAAUUUAGUUUUGAAAUUCCUCUAAAUUUACAGGAGAGGGAGACGUUAUUUGGAUUGGCUCUAUCUUGUGUUUUUCCACCACGGCCUUUACCAAAAUUGAUUGGAGCGGGGCGUUAUUACAUUUUUCGUAUUCACAUCAACGAAGCAAGUGAUUAUAAAGAAUUUGAGUGGAGUGGGAAAUGCAUGGAGAAAGCUCAUGUGGGGCUCAUGUUAGUGGAUUUAGAGAAGCCGGGAGAUAUUUGUAAAGUUAAAUUUCAAGUCCCCGAAUGGGCAGGCAUUAAAAUCUGCGGGGUGCACCCCCUAUUGCGCAAAGAAGAUGAACGGCUUCCCUUGUCUUUGGGACCAACGAGUGGUCUUGGAUCCUCAGAUAUCGUCGAUGAUGAAUAUGGUCGGCAACAACAAUGGCCUUCCUUAUCUUCGAAGCCAUCGGAUGAUCAUCUGAAACGCACGCAGAUUGAUCACAAUGUUCCUUCUAAUAUUGAGGAGGAGCAAGAGCAAUUGUCCACAAUUUCUUGGGUGGUUAGGCCAUCUCCAAUCGGGUCCAGAGAGUUAGAGGGUCGAAAAUAA